GCAUUAUUGUCAAAUAAUAGCAUUUAUGUAAUCAUGUGUUUUAUGGUACCAGGUUUUUGUUUUCUUAAAAUCAAAACAUAUCAUAUGUAUGUGUAUUUGGCGUCUAUCGGGGAAUUAGCCAAACCUGUGUACAUUAACCAAUCAGAAGCGUGUAUUUUCUUGUGUCUCAGAUUAGCGCCACUUCACUGAUUUAGAGGGAAAACAAAAACACGUUAAAUUUUUCUACUUAAGAAAUCAAGAAAUCACCAUGUUUUCCUUUGGAAUUGUAAGAUUCCUAUAGUAGACCAUCAGUAAAUAGCUUUAUCUGGAUUCUAGUAGACCUAGACAGUGAAGAGUCAUGCCUAGGAAAAAGACUUCCAAACAGACAGACGGCCAGGGUAUGGAUGCGCCAUCCGCAAAACGUCGGAAGCCAAAUCAAGCUUCGGGGGCCACAAAAGCAGACCAAGUCCCCAUUGACUAUCAAAAACUUGCCGCAGAGAUCCUACGGCAACAAAGUUUGCACCAACCUCAGUCGACUGGUGAAGAAAAAAACCAGGAACAGACCUCUGCAUCAACGACAAUAUCACAGGUUAAUACAACAGCUUCAAUAUCAUCAUAGCCUGCUACAUGGGUCACAAGCUUCUACAGCAGGGUCACAAGCGUCUACAUCAGCGACACAAGAUGCUACCUCAGGGUCACAAGCUGACACAACAGCAACAGUGUCACAACUGGUAUCUAGGAUAUUUGAAGGUGAGCCAGCAGGCACAGCACCCAAUAAAAACACAAGUAAUUACAUAUCAAUCACUGAUGGCAUUCCUCUUGGUGCAACCGUACCUAACAAAAUUAAGUCAAAAAUAUGGUCAAAUGAAUUUAUAGAUUUGCGUAGUCUCUUGACGCACCAAGAGGAAGACCCAGUGACCUUACUGAUCACACCAGGGGUAAUAAAUUUGCAACAUAGUCAAAAGUCUAAAACACCUCUGUCCAUCAACCAAUGGACAGAUGCCUUUCUGGUUUUUACGUGUAUCGUUAUACAACAGAAACCCACUGAGGCUCCCCACCUGCUUAAGUACAUGUCAUUCAUAAGGGAGCUACAAAAACUUCAUGGGGAUUCAGCGUGGCGAUCAUACGAUGAGUCUUUCAGGAAGUUAAGGGAGACAGUAAACCUUCCAUGGCAAAAGCCAGUGGAGGAACUACGUGGUAAAUCAUUAGCUGUUUCCACAAAACAAUCUAAUGGGCAGCCUUUUCGUGGGAAACAGGUGGGGAGAAUCGGUGGGGUCAGAUUCUGCUUCGCCUAUAACCAAGGUAACAAAUGUAAGUCAACCCCCUGUCCAUUCACCCACAUUUGCCAAGCCUGUAGAGGUAAUCACCCCAAAAUUAAAUGUAAAUCUACAGAAAAAUCUGAACAUGAUAGGACCUCUCCCAACCCCAGUAAAGGCAAACAAACUAAAUGACCAUUUAAGGGGUUACGAUGACCAAUUGAGAGAUUAUUUGGUAAAAGGUUUCAGUUUCGGAUUUUCCCUGGGAUGUGAAAACACUCCUACAGCGUCUUUGUCAAAAAACCAUAAAUCAGCUCAAAAUCACCCAGAAAUCAUACAAGAUCACAUACAAAAGGGCCUUGAGCUCCAUCGUAUAGCAGGACCUUUCCCAAACCCUCCUUUCGACCCAUUUGUGUCAUCCCCUUUAGGUGUCAUACCAGAAUCAGAACCAGGAAAAUUUCGUAUUAUUCAUGAUCUUUCUUAUCCAAAAACAAAUUCUAUUAACACCCAUAUUCCAAAAGAAAAUUCAGAAGUUCAUUAUGACUCAAUUGAUUGGAUUAUAAAUUUAGUGCAAACUCAUGGCCUUCGGUGCCUGAUGGCAAAGACCGAUAUUGAAGAUGCAUUCCGAAUCAUUCCAAUUUGCCCAGAAGAUUAUCAUUUACUAGGGUUUUCUUGGCAAGGAAAAUAUUACUUUGACAAAUGUCUCCAAAUGGGGGCAAGUAGUUCUUGCCAGAUAUUUGAAAAAUUCAGUGUAGCUCUACAGUGGAUACUACAGUCAAAAUUCGGGGCUGGUGGAAUGUCACAUAUUUUGGAUGACUUCUUCUUUAUUGGACCUGCGAACUCUGAAAGCUGUAAGAAUGACUUAACAAAUUUCCUCUUUCUGUGCAAAAAUAUUGGUGUCCCUAUCAAAAUGUCAAAGACACAGACUCCAACUACAAAAAUUAUAAUCUAUGGUAUUGAAAUUGAUUCCGACAAAAUGGAAGCACGGCUACCAGCGGACAAAAUUAACAAGAUUAAAAUGCAUUUGGUAGAACUUUUACAAAAAGAUCAAACUACAUUACGUGAACUUCAAUCUCUGAUUGGUUUACUCAAUUUUGCGUGCUCAGUAGUGGUUCCAGGGCGUGCUUUUCUCCGACGCAUGAUUGAUCUAACUUAUGGAGUAACUGAACCUGCAUCACACAUUCACUUAACUAGGGAAACAAAAGCAGAUAUGGAAACAUGGCUGUCUUGCAUAAGCUGCUUUAACGGGAAGUCAGUUUUUCUUCCUCAAAAGUGGUUGUCCACAGAUCACCUUACCCUUUACACAGAUGCAUCAGGGUCAUUGGGCUUUGCGGCGAUUUUAGGUAAUGAGUGGUUUGCAUCUCACUGGGACUUUUUACAAAAUGAUUGUCAAAUAGCAGUCAAAGAGUUAUUUCCCAUUGUACUAGCUAUAGAAAUAUGGG